UGAUCUCAGACAGCGUGACGACUCUAUGAAUUGCAAAGAAUCAAGCUCCACUACACGGAUGCACGGACAGGUUCUAAAAAAUUUCGAACAGUCAGUGCCCACAUCUCUAAGAAUAAUGUGGAAGUGGUGGCAGUUCUGUUGUAUCCUGCUGUCCUUAUGGGCGAUGACAUCGUGCCAGAGGAGCAUUCUCGAUACGCCUAUCCUCGUGCAAUUUGUACGCAUAUUUCGGAACUGGGGUUUGGGUGCUUUUGGUCGGACAGGAACGGAUGAAAACUAUCUACAAUUGGCGAGAGAUGCGGGCAAAGUGCAAAAAGUCAUUCCCGAUCAUGUCCCGUUUCCGUGCAACGUGACAGUGGGGCGAUCAUCGGAGGUACCAGAUUCGGUGCAUAAAUUAAGACCAGGCGAUAUUGAUGUAAUUGGCGCCAUAGGUGACUCAGUCACGGCUGGAGCUGGAGUUUUCGCAACCAGUGUAUUUCACAUUUUAGUAGAUAACAGAGGAGUUUCCGCAACCGGUGGAGGCCAAGGAACAUGGAGGCAGUAUCUGACAGUACCCAAUAUCCUCAAAGAAUACAACCCCAAUUUAAUAGGAUACGCGCUGGGAGAUUCAACAGUACCAAACGAAGCUUCGCAGCUGAAUGUCGCUGAGACCGGUGCCUUUUCCGAGGAUAUGCCGUACAUGGCUGAGGUACUAGUUACAAGGAUUAAAAGACAUCCAAAAAUAGAUCUACAAAAACAUUGGAAGUUCAUCACAAUAAUGAUCGGAGGCAACGAUUUUUGUACCGAUAUCUGCUGGGUUUCAUCACCUUGGACGAUCCUCGAGAAACACAAAGAGCAUAUGCUCCAAGUUUUGCGGACACUCAGGGACAAUCUACCACGGACAUUCGUGGCCUUGAUUGCGCCACCGCAUUUAGGUGUUUUAGCCGACAGUUAUAAAGAGCGAUUACCCUUGAUAUGCUAUUUCACACAAAAUAUUGAAUGUGGUUGCAUGGUCGGUCUUGCUUAUAAGAGAUUCAGGCCAAUGUAUGAUGAUAUUAUAAGACGGUGGCAAGAGAUAGAUAUGGAAAUUGCUACUUAUCCGGAGUUUCAGAGAGACGAUUUCGUAGUUGUAGCCCAACCCUUCCUAAUGGAUUUAACUGUUCCGCUUACGUCAAAUGGAUACUUCGAUACAACGUAUGCAAGUGCCGAUUGUUUUCACAGUAGUCAAAAGACGAACGCUUGGUAUGCAAGCUCUCUAUGGGAAAGUCUGUUCCAGCCAGUAGGUGCUAAAAUGACGCACCCGUCCGAACAUCCACCGUCCGAAACAUUUUUUUGCCCGACAAUGGAGAAGCCUUAUUUGGCUACAAUGUUGAAUUCAAGAAAACAGAACGACUAACAAAACUGACUGUUAAUUACGUGAAAGACAUUGAUACAUGACGAAAAAGAGAGAAAGAGAGAGAAAGAGAGAGAGAGAGAAGGAUCUAUCGAGUUAUUGAGCCGUUGAAGUAGUUGUUCUACAAUACUUGAUUUUCAAUAUUGUUGUACCACUAUUAUAAUAUCUCUUUACAUUUG